CCAAGAUGUCGCGGGACGGUAUCUUUGAGCGGUUGCAGAACCAGGGAUCUCUGUGACAGGAUCUUGGCGGAGGCGCUUAAUAGGCGGCAGGUGGAGGGAGCGAAUCUGAGGCUGCAGCGAUCCGGCAGGGCCGGGUCUGGGCGCCGAGGACGUCCCGGCCGCGGGGCGUGACUGGUGGCGACCGUGCGGGAGCUGGGGGUGUGAGGUCCCCGAGACGAAUAAUGCCCCGCAGCCCCCCGGGAAGCGGGGAAGCCAGACUCCACGGGACAGCUUCAUGCCGCCGACUGGUUUAGAGCCCGCCAGAAUGAACAGGAAGAAAGGAGACAAGGGCUUUGAAAGCCCCCGGCCAUAUAAAUUGGGAUUUGUGGAACUGACUAUAUUUCCCACGGUUGCAAACUUGAAUAGAAUCAAAUUGAACAGCAAACAGUGUAGAAUAUACCGAGUAAGGGUCAACGAUUUAGAGGCUGCUUUUAUUUAUAAUGAUCCAACCUUGGAAGUUUGUCACAGUGAAUCAAAACAGAGAAAUCUCAACUAUUUUUCUAAUGCUUAUGCAUCUGCAGUUAGUGCCGUGGAUCCUGAUGCAGGAAAUGGAGAACUUUGCAUUAAGGUUCCAUCAGAGCUGUGGAAACACGUCGAUGAGUUAAAGGUCCUGAAGAUACACAUCAAUUUUUCUUUGGAUCAGCCAAAAGGAGGUCUUCAUUUUGUAGUACCCAGUGUAGAAGGAAGUAUGGCAGAGAGAGGUGCUCAUGUUUUCUCUUGUGGGUAUCAGAAUUCUACAAGAUUUUGGUUCCCUUGUGUUGAUUCAUACUCUGAAUUGUGUACGUGGAAAUUAGAAUUCACAGUAGAUGCAGCCAUGGUGGCUGUUUCCAAUGGAGAUUUGGUGGAAACAGUGUAUACCCAUAAUAUGAGGAAAAAGACCUUCCAUUACAUGCUUACUAUCCCUACUGCAGCGUCAAAUAUCUCUUUGGCCAUUGGACCAUUUGAAAUACUUGUAGAUCCGUAUAUGCAUGAAGUUACUCCUUUUUGUCUACCCCAACUUCUUCCAUUGCUAAAACAUACCACAUCAUACCUUCAUGAAGUCUUUGAAUUUUAUGAAGAAAUUCUUACAUGUCGAUAUCCAUACUCCUGUUUUAAGACUGUAUUCAUUGAUGAGGCUUAUGUUGAAGUGGCUGCUUAUGCUUCCAUGAGCAUUUUUAGCACAAAUCUUUUACACAGUGCCAUGAUUAUAGAUGAGACACCUUUGACUAGAAGGUGUUUAGCCCAGUCAUUGGCCCAGAAAUUUUUUGGGUGUUUCAUAUCCAGAAUGUCUUGGUCUGAUGAGUGGGUGUUGAAGGGAAUUUCAGGCUAUAUUUAUGGACUUUGGAUGAAAAAAACUUUUGGUGUUAAUGAGUACCGCCAUUGGAUUAAAGAGGAGCUAGACAAAAUAGUGGCAUAUGAACUAAAAACUGGUGGAGUUUUACUACAUCCUAUAUUCGGUGGAGGAAAGGAGAAGGAUAAUCCAGCUUCCCAUCUACAUUUUUCAAUAAAGCAUCCACAUACACUUUCUUGGGAAUACUACACUAUGUUUCAGUGUAAAGCUCACCUUGUGAUGAGACUGAUUGAAAAUAGGAUCAGUAUGGAAUUUAUGCUACAAGUUUUCAAUAAACUGCUAAGUCUGGCUAGUACUGCUUCAUCACAGAAGUUCCAGUCACAUAUGUGAAGUCAGAUGUUGGUUUCCACAUCUGGAUUUUUGAAAUCCAUUUCAAAUGUCUCUGGCAAAGACAUCCAGCCUUUAAUAAAGCAGUGGGUAGACCAGAGUGGAGUGGUAAAAUUUUAUGGAAGUUUUGCAUUUAAUAGGAAACGAAAUGUCUUAGAAUUGGAAAUAAAACAAGAUUAUACAUCUCCUGGAACUCAGAAAUAUGUGGGACCACUUAAAGUGACAGUGCAGGAGUUAGAUGGAUCCUUCAAUCAUACAUUGCAAAUUGAAGAAAACAGCCUUAAACAUGAUAUACCCUGCCAUUCCAAAAGCAGAAGGAAUAAAAAGAAAAAAAUCCCACUGAUGAAUGGAGAAGAAGUUGAUAUGGAUCUUUCCGCAAUGGAUGCUGAUUCCCCUUUGCUGUGGAUAAGGAUAGACCCAGAUAUGUCAGUAUUGAGGAAGGUAGAAUUUGAGCAAGCUGAUUUUAUGUGGCAAUAUCAGCUCCGCUAUGAGAGGGAUGUUGUUGCACAGCAGGAAUCCAUUUUGGCCUUGGAAAAAUUCCCUACUCCAGCAUCUCGGCUUGCACUCACUGAUAUUUUAGAACAAGAGCAGUGUUUCUACCGAGUAAGAAUGUCAGCUUGCUUCUGCCUUGCAAAGAUUGCAAAUUCUAUGGUGAGCACAUGGACAGGACCACCAGCCAUGAAAUCACUCUUUACUAGAAUGUUUUGUUGUAAAACUUGUCCAAACAUUGUGAAAACAAACAACUUUAUGAGCUUUCAAAGUUACUUUCUACAGAAGACUAUGCCAGUUGCAAUGGCUUUAUUAAGAGAUGUUCAUAACCUUUGUCCCAAAGAAGUGUUAACAUUUAUUUUAGAUUUAAUCAAGUACAAUGACAACAGGAAAAAUAAGUUUUCAGAUAACUAUUAUCGUGCAGAAAUGAUCGAUGCCCUGGCCAACUCUGUUACACCUGCCGUCAGUGUAAAUAACGAAGUUAGAACUUUGGAUAAUUUAAAUCCUGAUGUGCGACUUAUUCUUGAAGAAAUCACCAGGUUUUUGAAUAUGGAAAAACUUCUUCCAAGUUAUAGACAUACCAUCACUGUUAGUUGUUUGAGAGCUAUUCGGGUGCUUCAGAAGAAUGGGCAUGUACCAAGUGAUCCAGCUCUUUUUAAAUCUUAUGCUGAAUAUGGCCACUUUGUGGACAUUAGGAUAGCAGCUUUGGAAGCAGUCGUUGAUUAUACUAAAGUGGACAGGAGUUAUGAAGAACUGCAAUGGCUACUUAAUAUGAUUCAGAAUGACCCUGUGCCCUAUGUAAGGCAUAAGAUUCUAAACAUGUUGACUAAGAACCCACCAUUUACUAAGAACAUGGAUUCUCCCUUAUGCAAUGAAGCCCUGGUAGAUCAACUUUGGAAACUUAUGAAUUCUGGUACUUCACAUGACUGGAGAUUACGGUGUGGUGCUGUGGACUUGUACUUCACACUUUUUGGCCUUAGUAGACCUUCAUGUUUACCCUUGCCAGAACUUGGAUUGGUUCUUAAUCUAAAGGAGAAAAAAGCUGUCUUGAAUCCUACUAUAAUUCCAGAGGCCAUAGCAGGCAACCAAGAAGCUGUGAAUAAUCCAAGCAGUCACACACAGCUAGUUGGAUUUCAGAACCCUUUCUCAAAUUCUCAAGAUGAGGAAGAGAUUGAUAUGGAUACUGUUCAUGAUAGCCAGGCCUUCAUUUCCCAUCAUUUGAACAUGCUUGAAAGGCCGUCAACUCCAGGGCUCUCUAAGUUUCGGCCGGCCAGCUCCCGAUCUGCCUUAAUACCCCAGCAUUCAUCAGGCUCUGACAGCACACCCACCACAAAACCCCAGUGGAGUAUGGAACUUGCACGGAAGGCAGCAGUUGUUUAAAUCAGUCUCUACAUAGGUAAAGAACAAUCACCUUUGGAGAUGAGUAUGCACCCAGUGCCAGCAGCUCCACUCUCAGUGUUUACUAAGGAAUCUACGUCCUCCAAACAUAGUGACCACCAUCACCAUCAUCACCACGAACACAAGAAAAAGAAGAAGAAGCACAAGCAUAAGCAUAAACACAAACAUAAGCAUGACAGUAAAGAAAAGGACAAGGAGCCUUUCACUUUCUCCAGCCCUGCCAGUGGCAGGUCUAUUCGUUCCCCAUCCCUUUCAGACUGAGAAGGAGCAAAGAGACCUUUCCCUCUGUGUCCAGAAGAAUGUAUGUAACUAAAGCUUUGUCCUCUGUAAGAAUGAUAGAAAGAGGGGUUGGUGAGGUAGAGAUUUGCUUCUCUUAUAGACAUUCAGAAUCCAUUUAAGUUGUAAACAUUUGAUUUACAUUAUUUAUACAAAUGAGAUCUAAUUAGGAAAAUGUGUUUUACAGUUCUGGAUAAACUAUUUCAUCCCCUGUUUCCUUCUUAAAACACAUCCACACAAAGCAAACUUCUUUUCAUAAAAGCCCCCAGUCCACUGGCACUCCCCAUUCACAUCAUGGUCUCCAUGUGUUCUGCCAAAGUCAAUUAUGUUUAAAAGCCUUUGAUGGAUGUUACGGGGCAAAGUUAUGUUUUAAACAGAAGCAACUGCCAAAUCUGUGGUGCAACCACUCUUUCCACUGAGAUAUUGUAUAACGCCACUUGGAACUACUGAAAAGACAGAGAGGCUUUUCUAUAGGACUCUUCCCUAUCACACCAUUUUUUGUGUUAACCAUAGACACUAAGCAUCAGAAUUUAUGAACAAAAAAUGUUAUAUUUCCUUUUGCUCUAAAACAUUGAAAUAUUUGGAAGCAGUUCUUUUUAAAAAAAUUUUGAGUAUCUAUCAAAAGAUAAGAUAGCACAUUCAGUGAUUAUAAUGUUGGAAUUUAGCAGAACUGUGGAAUCCACAAUUGUUUUCAAAUCAAGAUGUUUAAAUUUUAAGUUGUUUUGUUUUCCAAUAAGUGUAAGUGAAUAUGUUCAUAUGUAAAAUGUUUUGCUAAAUGUGGGCAGUUUACACAGCCAACACAUAUUCUUUCUAAAAUUAUUUCUGUAUAACACAAAGUAUGAUACCUUAAAAAAGGUGAGUUUAUAUGUUUAUUAACUUGGAUAUUGACAGUUAGCUCUUUUGUGAGUAUACCAGAAGCAUUGAUAAACGUAUGAAACAUUUUGGUUUCAUAGUUUAACCGUUUGUAUGGUUGUUUUUAUUUCUGAAUUUACCAUAUGCUUUAUUGUUUAUUUAAGAAUUUUUUUAUUCUGUUCAGUUUUUAUCAUUUCCCUCUUAGAUAGUUUAAGAAAACACUUGUUUUCAGAAUAGAUGCUACAGAUUUAAAAAGGAAUCCAAUAAUGUUGGACUUUUAAAUAUACUUUUAGUUGUGUUUAACUUGUUUAAUAAAUAACUUUA